UGGAUUAUAAAUAAAAAAAUAGUUGCAGUAGUGACUUGCUUCAUAUGACAGUGCUCUGAACAAAUUUUCUUACAAAGCAUGCAUGGCUUCAUACAAGACUCUCAUCUUCUUUAUCCUUGUUAGCUUCCUCAACUUGGCAAUCACAGAGCCACAACAUUAUACUCCACUCUACCAAUAUUGUUCCAGUGAACAAACCACCGACAAUACCUCUCUCCAACUUAAUGUCAAAAUCCUCCUUAAUAACCUGUCUUCUUUGUCCUCUGCCCACACGCAAUACCACACCAAUUUCUCAUGUCUAAACCCCUCAGACUCUAUCUAUGGCUUGUUCAUGUGUAGGGGUGACACUUCACCUCAUGACUGUCAAAAAUGCGUUCAAGGUGCAAAAAACAAACUAUCCUCAGACUGUUCUCUGUCCAAAGAAUCUGUCACUUGGUACGAACACUGCAUGCUUCGCUAUUCCACCAACUACUUCUUCUCCACCGUCGCCACAACCCAAUGCAACACUGGCAAGGUCUUCUCAAACCCUGAAAGCUUCAUGCAGUUAUAUUUUCUCACCAUGAACCAAACAGCAGAUGCAGCAGCACGUGCUCCUACGGUUAACAAAAAUACCAAGAUGUUUUCUACGAGGGAAGCACGCGUGUCUGAUUCCCACAACCAGACCCUUUAUUGUAUGGCUCAAUGCUCACCCGAUCUAUCACCCAAUGAUUGCAGAACCUGCCUCGGUGAAGCCAUAAGAGAUGUUCCAAACUCUCCACAAUGUUCUGGGGUGAGACUUGGAGGAAAAGUUCUUUACCCCAGUUGUAACAUUAGGUAUGAAUCUUAUCCUUUUUAUCUCGUUCCACCAACAAACCUUUCACCUCAUCAGCUUCUUCCCGAAACAAAAACCUCUCAUCUUGCAGAUUUAACGUUUUCAAAAGACCCUCUUUAUCUCUCUCACAAUUGCUCCAGUAACAGAACCCUCGCUUCCAAUAACACUUCACAGAUAAGCCUCACCACCCUCUUUUCUUACCUAUCUUCCAAUGCCACCAAAAGGAAAUAUUACGAAGCUCAUGUGAACAGCACAGUUUAUGGCCUCUUCAUGUGCCGAGCUGACGUUCCCUAUGACUUGUGUGAAAAAUGCGUCCAAAACGCAACACAUCGAAUAGCAUUAGAUUGCAACUCCCUCCAAGAGGGUAUAGUUUGGUACAGCCAAUGCAUGGUUCGCUAUUCCUACAGAAAAUUUUUUAGAACAGUGGAGACAAGUCCUAUGUUUUCGGAGCUGAAUUUGACUCAAGGAAACGAGAAACAAAGUUGCUUCAGUGUUACAUUAGCGAAGACGCUAGAUAAGGUGGCAGUUAUGGCAGGAGACAGUGAUGAAAGAUUUGGAAAAUACUCAAUGAAAUUGAAUGAUCAACAAACCCUUUACACUCUUGCUCAAUGCACGCAUGAUUUGCCUACUGACGAUUGCAAGGGUUGCUUGGGAAUUUUGAUAGGAACAGAAAUUCCAUGGCCUUUUUUGGAAAGCACAGCGGGAAGGGUUCUAUAUCCUAGUUGCAAUAUCAGAUUUGAAUUUUCCCAGUUUUACUUCGACAAAGUUCCAUCUGCAAGACCAGUUAAUCUCGAAUCAGGAAAUAAAAGAAUCAAUGUACGAAGAAUUAUAUUGAUUACUGUGCCCACAAUUAUUUUGAUGACGCUCAUCUUCGUGGCUUUUUAUUUUCAAAGGAGAAAUACAAGAAAGAGCCAUGCGACUAUUCUCAAGGAAAAUUUUGGUCAUGAAACUGCCACUUUGGAGCCCUUACACUUCAAUUUGACAGCAAUUGAGUUAGCAACUAAUAACUUUUCCAACGAGAACAAGAUAGGAAAAGGUGGAUUUGGAGAAGUUUAUAAGGGUAUUCUUCCUAGUGGACGGCCAAUUGCGGUAAAAAGGCUCUCAAAAAGUUCAAAACAAGGUGUUGCUGAGUUCAAGACCGAAGUUUUAUUAAUUGCCAAACUUCAACAUAGAAACUUAGUAGAAUUCAUUGGCUUUUGUCUUGAAGAAGAAGAAAAGAUACUUAUUUACGAAUAUGUGCCCAACAAGAGUCUUGAUCACUUUUUAUUUGAUCCUCAACCACAUAAAUCAUUAAGUUGGUGUGAAAGAUAUAAAAUCAUUGGAGGUAUUGCACGAGGAAUUGUUUAUUUACAUGAACAUUCUCGACUUAAGAUCAUACAUCGUGAUCUUAAACCGAGUAAUGUUCUACUUGAUGAAAAUAUGACUCCAAAAAUUUCAGAUUUUGGCAUUGCUAAAAUUAUCGAAAUAAGUCAAGACCAAGAAAGCACAGAUUUAAUUGUCGGAACAUGUGGUUAUAUGUCUCCAGAAUAUGCAAUGUUUGGACAAUUUUCAGAAAAAUCAGAUGUUUUUAGUUUUGGAGUAAUGGUUUUAGAGAUUAUUACGGGAAGAAAAAAUAUAUAUUUCCCUGAACCACAUCAUAUAGCUGACAGCCUCCUAAGUUAUGUUUGGAAACAAUGGAGGGCUCAAACACCAUUAAGAACCUUGAACUCAGAUAUUAGAGAAAACUAUGCAGAAAUUGAAGUUAUAAAGUGUAUUCAGAUUGGUCUAUUAUGUGUUCAAGAAAGUCCAGACAUUAGACCAACAAUGAUAACAAUUGUUUCAUAUCUUGAUGGUCACUUUAGUGAAUUGCCAACUCCACAAAGACCGGCGUUUUUCUUGCAUGAAAGAAUAGAUUCCAAAUCUAUUGGGAGGAAAUCUAGUUCUAGGAGAUUCAUGAAUAUUUCUAAGCCAUUAUCAAUCAGUGAAAUGUCUACAAGUGAAUGUUUUCCUCGUUAA